AUGGCCGCAGCAGCCAAUGAAAGCCUCGCCGACGAGAAGGUGCCAGGAACGAUCGGCGUAGGCCGGUACGAGGAGAUGGAGCAAGACGGCGACUCCAGCGCCGCAAAGUCGCGGCUCUCCGGCCUCCUCUGGCACGGGGGCUCAGCCUACGACGCCUGGUUCAGCUGCGCUUCCAACCAGGUGGCCCAGGUGCUGCUGACGUUGCCAUACUCCUUCUCGCAGUUGGGAAUGCUGAGCGGCAUACUGUUCCAGCUCUUCUACGGCUUAAUGGGCAGCUGGACGGCGUACCUCAUCAGCAUCCUGUACUUGGAGUACAGGACCAGGAAGGAGAGGGAGAAGGCGGACUUCAGGAACCAUGUCAUCCAGUGGUUCGAGGUGCUGGACGGGCUGCUCGGGCGGCACUGGAGAAACGUCGGCCUCGCCUUCAACUGCACAUUCCUCCUCUUCGGCUCCGUCAUCCAGCUCAUCGCCUGCGCCAGCAACAUCUACUACAUCAACGACCGGCUCGACAAGAGGACGUGGACGUACAUCUUCGGCGCCUGCUGCGCCACGACGGUGUUCAUCCCGUCCUUCCACAACUACCGGAUCUGGUCCUUCCUCGGCCUCGUCAUGACCACCUACACCGCCUGGUACCUCGCCGUCGCCUCCCUCAUCCAUGGCCAGGUUGACGGUGUGAAGCACUCGGGCCCGACCAAGAUGGUGCUCUACUUCACCGGGGCCACCAACAUUCUCUACACCUUCGGUGGGCAUGCUGUUACUGUGGAGGUGAUGCACGCGAUGUGGCGGCCGCAGAAGUUCAAGGCCAUCUACCUGCUGGCGACGCUGUACGUGCUCACCCUGACGCUGCCGUCGGCGGCGAGCGUGUACUGGGCGUUCGGGGACCAGCUGCUCACGCACUCCAACGCGCUGUCGCUGCUGCCGCGCACGCCGUUCCGGGACGCCGCCGUCGUGCUCAUGCUCGUCCACCAGAUCAUCACCUUCGGCUUCGCAUGCACGCCGCUCUACUUCGUCUGGGAGAAGCUCAUCGGCCUCCACGACUGCCGCAGCCUCUGCAAGCGCGCCGCCGCCAGGCUCCCCGUCGUCGUCCCCAUCUGGUUCCUCGCCAUCGUCUUCCCCUUCUUCGGGCCCAUCAACUCCGCCGUCGGAUCGCUCCUCGUCAGCUUCACCGUUUACAUCAUCCCGGCGCUCGCGCACAUGGUCACAUACCGUUCCGCGCACGCCCGUGAGAACGCGGUGGAGCAGCCGCCGCGGUUCGCCGGGCGAUGGACGGGGACGUACGUGAUCAACACGUUCGUGGUGGUGUGGGUGCUGGUGGUCGGCUUCGGCUUCGGCGGCUGGGCGAGCAUGACCAACUUCGUUCGCCAGAUCGACUCCUUCGGCCUCUUCACCAAGUGCUACCAGUGCCCCGUGCCGGCUCCCAUCACGAUGCCGCUAUCAGCUGCUCCGGGCGGCUCCUGGCCGUUCCCCGGCGGCCUCCAGAACUUCACGAUGCUCCCGCCGGCGCCCGCUCCUUCCCCGGCGCAUUUCUUCCGGCAUCACAGCCACGGGCUCUGA